AAGUCCCCCAACUCCAAGAGAAGUAUUCCGUUCAGGUGCUAAAUCUCCAGGUCUCUAGAUGAGGUCUCUUAUCACCUGUUAGAAUAUUCAUCAAUCCAGGACUGCGUACAUCCCAAGCCCAUCCCCAUCACUGGGUGUAUCCGGUUAUUGCCUUAGGCUGUGAGAAAUAGCAUUUUUUUCGUACAACAGCUGCCCGAGGACCUCACUGCUUUCUUUUGGCUUCUGUGCUGCCCCUCACUCACUCGGGACCGAAUGAUUUUGGAACAUGAUUUCGGAUUUUGAACGUGAAUGGUUCGGCCGGCUAGCCUAAGCUCCCCACACAUAAAAGACUAAAAACCAGUCUCUUCUUGCCUCAGCUCCUCUGGCAGGACAACAUGAAGUCAAAGUUGGCUGCGUGUAAAAACAAAAAUUACAUGUGGAUGAGUCUGUGGCUCAGGAAGAGUUACUUGGAGGAAGCUCCAGAGAGCGGAGGGAAGAUUGGGGAGGGGGGAGAAGGGGGUAACGGAAGUGGGUGGGCUUGGGAGGAGUUGGGGAGGAAGAGACCAUUGCGCCGGGGGUCAGAGCCUGCAGUCUUGGCCCUGCGAGGGUGUGGAAAAGAAGGCUCCACCCUCCUGGAGGAUGGAUGGGAGGACCAGGAAGAGUGGUUUGGGGAAAGCCGGAAGUCUUGGACCCGCUGUCUCUCUGCCUGCGCCUUGGUCGUCCUCCAUUCCCGGCAACCCCGAUCGCUUUGUCUUCUGGAAGCCAGAACCCUGCUUGCAGCUCGCAGAGGGAGCCUGGAGCUAGAGGGAAUGGGCCCUGGGAGCCUCAGACCUCCUCAGGAGUGGGUGACAUUCAGGGAUGUGGCUGUGGACUUUACCCAGGAGGAGUGGGGCCUCUUGGACCCUCCUCAGAAGGAGAUGUAUAAGGAGGUCAUGCUGGAGAAUGCCUGGAACCUGCUGUCCUUGGGGCUUCCAGUUCCCAGAGAAGAUGUGAUCUGUUAUUUUGAGCAAAGGGAAGUACCCUGGAUGCUGCACCCAGAAGGCCUGAGGAGCUGCCCUCCAGAAAAAGAGAUCAGACUUGAAAUGAAGGAACGUACUACAGAGCAAAGCCUUUCAGUGGUAGAAUCUCUCAAGCCAAGAUUCAUCAGUGAUGGUCCUGCUAACUUCACUUGGAAAGAUAUCCUUGAUACACUUAAGAAAAUCCACAUUGGAGAGAAAUCUUACGAACAUAACCGACGUGGAAAGGCUUUCACAGAAAGUGAAGCUCUUACUAGACAUUUACAGAGAAUUUACACUGGAGAGAAACCGUAUGAAUGUAACCAGUGUGGAAAGGCUUUUGCAAAUCAGGGAGCUUUUACUGUACAUCAGAGGACCCACACUGGGGAGAAACCUUAUAAAUGUAACCAGUGUGGAAAGGCUUUUAGAGACAAGGGAGCUCUUACUGUACAUCACAGGAUUCAUACUGGAGAGAAACCUUAUAAAUGUAACCAGUGUGGAAAGGCUUUUACACAAAUGGGACCUCUUACAGCACAUCAGAGAAUCCACACUGGAGAGAACCCUUAUGAAUGUAACCAGUGUGGAAAGGCUUUUACACAAAAGGGAACUCUUACUACACAUCAGAGAAUCCAUACUGGAGAGAAACCUUAUAAAUGUAACCAGUGUGGAAAGGCUUUUCCAAAAAUGGGAGCUCUUGCUGUACAUGAGAAGAUCCACUCUGGAGAGAAACCUUAUGAAUGUAAUCAAUGUGGGAAGACUUUUAGGAGAAAGGAAACUCUUAGUGUACAUCAGAGAAUCCACACUGAAGAGAAACCUUAUGAAUGUAACCAGUGUGGAAAGACGUUUAGGAGAAAGGAAACUCUUAGUAUACAUCAGAGAAUCCACACUGAAGAGAAACCUUAUGAAUGUAACCAGUGUGGAAAAACUUUUAGAAGCAAGAGUGCUCUCAUUGUGCAUCAGAGAAUCCACACUGGAGAGAAACCUUAUAAAUGUAACCAGUGUGGAAAGACUUUUACACGAAGGGAACCUUUUACUGACCAUCAGAGAGUUCACACUGAAGAGAAACCUUAUGAAUGUAACCAGUGUGGAAAGGCUUUUACAAGAAGGGGAACUCUUAUUGUACAUCAGAAAACCCACACCGGAGAGAAACCUUAUAAAUGUAACCAGUGUGGAAAGGCUUUUAGAAAAAGGGCAUCUCUUACUGGACAUCAGAGAAUCCACACUGGAGAGAAACCUUGUGAAUAUAACCAGUGUGGAAAUGCUUUUAUAUACAAAUCUGAUUGGUUUUUACCAGUUCUGUGAUGAAAUGUAAAGGCAUUAAUACAAGGAGGAAAAUGAAUUAGGGCCAGAAUACUGGGAGAAGCUGAUAUGGUGCUGAUGCCUUCUAUGCUUAGCAUUGUCUUCCUAUAACACUAGAGGGAGGGUGAGGAAAGGAAAAUAAAAUUUCCUUGGGAUAGCAGACAGCCUUCCUUUUCUUCUGGUCACCUGCUUGAAAGGCAUGCUAGUAAAAUGGGAAGAUCCCUCCUUUUGGAGUCAGAGGACAUGGGUUGAAUUUAUGUUCUGUAGCUCUAUGGCCUUGGGAAAGUAAUUUAACUUUAACAGUGCAUUCAAGUUAGGGUUUGUAAGGUCCUGUUUAGCUUUCUGGAGGUAUCUGGACCAGCCUUGGUUUCAGCAAUCACCAGGAGAAUACCCACAGAUAAAGUCCA